AUGAGCUAUUACAGUACGGAACAAUCGAAGAUCAAUUUCGUUCCAAAUACAAGCGAUUCGGAGUUCAUGAUCUUCGAGACGUUAGAACCGAGACCGAGUUUUAUGUAUACGACGCCCAAAAUUCUAGCACCUGUUCAUUGCUUCGACUACCAAAUUCAUGCCUUCGAUAUUGAAAUCCUUAAGGAAGAAUGGAAGGACGAGAGUUACACAAAACCUCGUGAUUUUAUCAGUCUGAAGAUGAACGAGUUGGAGAAGACAGGAUAUUUAACGGAUCGUUUAGUAGAAGUUUGCUCUGCAAAAUUGGAAAGAUCAGCCUUGCCCGGACAAUUCAUACUUAGCUAUUGCAAUAUAUCAAGAAAAGUAAAGAUUAGUAUUUCAAAAUUUAUAAUUUUAAACACUUCUGUUUUCUCAUUAGAAUUUGGUGAACAUAGACAUUUUACGAUACCAUCAACAUCUUCAAUACUUGAACUUUACUUAGAUGUCUCGCAUAACAUAAUAAGUGAUUUAUUGGAUUUUAAACCACCACUGAACUUAAUUUACGUAAAUUUCUCGCAUAACACUAUAGAAAAGUUGCCGGAUUUAACAGACUUUUGGUCUCUGGUCUAUUUGGAUGUCUCUCACAACGAUAUUUCCGUCAUUGAAGGUUUAAAAAAUUUAAAGUAUUUAAAUUACCUUGAUUUAUCCUACAACGCUAUCAAAUGUUUAUCCAAUUUGCCUGAGCGUAAUUUGGAGAGGCUAUGUAUUGAUCACAAUUUAAUUUCAAAUUACACAGACGACAUCUUCGGGGUGUACAGUUUGGUGCAUGUAUCUGUAGCGCAUAAUCGGUUGAGUUCGUUGAAGAUGUUCGAAAGGAUGACGCAACUGGAAACUUUGAACUUGCAAAAAAAUGACAUUGUAGAUCUGAUCGAAUUGGCGAGCUUUAAGAAGCUUUCACAUCUUCACAAAUUGACGUUGAAAGGAAAUCCGAUUUGCAAGAGAACUAAAUAUAGGGAAAUCUGUAUCUACUUGGCGCCUUGUCUGAAGGUUUUGGAUGAGGAAGUAAUCGAAGUCAACGAGAAAGGAUUCGUGGACUAUUUAUACACAAAUUCGAUGGUACGCGACGCUGGUUACGAUCAUGCUAUGAUGGAGAUAUUGUAUCAAUUGAACGUCCCUACUAUAAACUCUUCGGUGGUUCCCGGUUACCAAAACCUAGCUUCUAUUAUAGUUUUGGUAGGACCAUCCGGAUCUAAAAAGAAAGCUGUUAUUAUGAAUCUAGUUGAAAAGUUUCCAAAGUUUUUAAGAGUUGGGAUAAGCUACACCACUCGUCCCAGAUGCGACCACGAGGUCGACGGAAAAGAUUACUUCUUUGUAUCUGACGAGACUUACGAGCAGUUAUUGCACGACGGAAAACUACUUUGUUCCACUUUGAAAUACGGACACCAUUUUGGAAUUGGCUACGAUGAAUUUAGCAAGAUUUCAGAGCAGGCCGGAAUCUUGAUCUUCAACUGUGACGUGACUUGUGCGUUGCAGAUUAGAUCAAAGUUUCUUAAUUGCAAACUGAUUUUGGCCUUACCAAAAGAUCCUGAAGUGCAUAGAAAUUGGUUAAGAGAUAAGUUUUCUUGUGCACCGUGGAUGGCCAGUUAUAUAAACGCUUUUAUACUCAAGUAUAAAUCUAUGAAGAGGAGUAAGAUUGAAGAUUUCGAAAUGCAAUUCUGCGCUUCUAUAGUGGAAGAUCUUCUAAAAUUCUUGGAUCAACCAUCGCCGGGUGAGACAAAAAUUGAAAACGAGCAAGAGGAAAGUAAUCAUUUUGAUCUGGAGGAAGAUGAGGAGGAGUCAAUAUAUGCGCAUGAGGAAAAAUUGCCUGGAGAAGAGCCUAAAGUAAUAAUUGAUGAUUUGGAAGAGAUCUACUGUCCAAAAUCUGUUAACACUUUAGGAAGCAUGAGCAAAAGCCUAACGCAAACUGAAGCCAGCAAAAUGAUUCCAAUUUUGCGCACGAGCACAGAGAGAUCCAUGAAUUCAUCUUUCUCCGUUUCCUUUUCGUCGAUGUCCACUGAGCCGAACCAAAGUAGUUUAGAGCGUCAAAAACAAAUUGAGGAGACAUCCAAAUGCGAAAAUAUUGAAGCGGCCGGAUCAUCCUCGAGUACAAAGAAGAAAAUUUGUUUCGUUGAUGAUAAAAAUGAAGAUAAAAAAGGACCUCAGUACAUUGCAGAUGCAAUGGCACCUUCUAUAUCCGAAAUUAACGAUAUGCUCGUUACUUCCGAAUACUUCAAGAAAACCGGGGCAAGUUCUCUAGUCGGUAAAAACGCUAGAGCCUAUUUCGAAUACCUGAUCUGUGCAGAAAAGAGCAAUCAAAAUUUCACGGACGACUGCGAAGUCUGCAUGGAUUUCUUUAUGGAAGAGCAAAUGCAGAAAAGAGAUGUAUACCUUCAGAUGUAUUUAUUUAAUCCAGGCUUGUAUUUUGCUAUUAUUUACACGGACGACUUCGAUGAAGCUAUUCAAAAGAUGCACAGCGUUUUAAAAACGUGCGUUGAAAUGCAACGAAAGUAUCACGAUGAGGAACCGAAAGUCGUGCAGCAUGGCUCAUGCCCGGAAAUAUUGGAUGCUAAAAUUAAGCAGUUAUAUGCAAUGCUUAAGUAA